UUUCCUGUGACAUAUUUUCCGUUGCCGUUUUCCUCCACGCCAUAUUUUCCGAGUACCCUUUGGUUUAUAUCUUGACAGUUAUGUUCCCUGGUCUUAAAGGAAAACUUAUUUAUUCAUCUCCGGUAUAACUGUAAAGAGGCAUCGGAUAUUACUUUUUAAAUGGAAAAAAAGAGAUUAUGAAUGGCGAAAGUUACGAGUCGAUAAUAAUGAAGGGAAAAUAAUAACACUCUUCAAAAAUUAUAAAAACCAUCCACAAACAUGCAGGAAAGAACUAGUGAAAAUUGCUGAACACUAAACCCACAUUUGUAUAUAUCCACCAAGGUUGUACAGUAGCUCAAGCUGACUCUCAGUAAUAAUUGCCACCAAGCACUCAUUGUCGACCAAGAUAAAGAAGAUUAUUAACAUUUUAAAGCUAUGAAAUAAUUAUAGAUUGACUUGUAUGAAUACGUAACUGGACAGGUGUCAAGAUGAAUGAACGUGAAGAGAAGCCUUCCUCCUCCACCAAGAAGACUGGCUUGGUGUCCUUCCUCACUGGUAAACCCAUUGAGAUUCCUGAAGAACAUCUGGUGUGUUUUAUACUUCAUGAUAGUUUGGAAAAUGCAGGUUUGUAGGAGAAUUUGAAAAGCUCAAUCGAGUUGGAGAAGGCACCUAUGGCGUUGUGUAUCGUGCUCGAGACACUAAAACCAAUGAAGUCGUGGCCCUCAAAAAGAUGCGCAUGGAGAAGGAGAAGGAUGGGAUGCCAAUAUCUGGGCUACGGGAAAUUAUGUUGCUGCAGUCGUGUAAUCACCCGAAUAUUGUCUGUCUAAAGGAGGUUGUUGUUGGGCGUAGUUUGGAGAGCAUCUUCUUGGUGAUGGAGUAUUGUGAACAGGACUUAGCAAGCUUGCUGGACAACAUGCAGAUACCGUUCAUGGAAACUCAGGUCAAAUGUAUAAUGAUACAGGUAUUCAAAGGCCUUGCAUAUCUACAUUUAAAAGAGAUUGUUCAUCGAGAUGUGAAGGUGUCCAAUCUUCUCCUAACAAACAUGGGGACAAUAAAGAUAGCUGACUUUGGAUUGGCUCGUGAACUGGGCUAUCCAAUGUCUCCAAUGACUCCACAGGUGGUAACACUAUGGUACAGAGCACCUGAACUGCUUUUUCAGGCUAAGACACAAACAACAGGUGUUGACAUGUGGGCUGCUGGCUGUAUCCUUGGGGAACUCCUGCUUCACAAGCCACUACUUCCAGGAAAGUCAGAAAUUGAGCAAAUUAACCUCAUCAUCAAUCUUCUGGGUACGCCAAAUGACACCAUCUGGCCUGAAUUCUCACAGCUGCCAGCUAUUGAGAACUUUACACUGAAAUCCCAACCAUACAACAAUCUGAAGACAAAAUUUCCUGUAUUAUCACCCUCUGGGCAACGUCUGUUAAACUUUCUUUUCAUGUAUGACCCCAAGAGGAGGGCUACAGCGGAGGAGUGUCUAAAAAGCUUAUAUUUUAAGGAAAAUCCUCUGCCAUGUGAUCCAAGGAUGAUGCCAACGUUCCCACAGCAUCGUAACCUAAAGCAGCCAUUGGGAAUGCAACAAUCAGCGACAUCUGCUAUAACCCAAGUGCUUGCAGGACAGCCAGUCAAUUUGUACCCACAAGAACGGCAACCACCAGAGCCUGUACCUAGUACUAAACUUGGCAUCAGUGAACUUUUGAACUCAAUCCAAAGAAGAUAACAACAAUUAGUCCUCAAAAAUAAAGAAUUGUGUAUCAUUUAUUUCUUGUCAACUCAAAUCUUUUUAAGGGACAAAAAGGCUGAUGAUGAAUUACCAUAUCUUACAUAAUUUGGUAACAUACCAUUCUGCAGGUCAUUGGUGAAGUGAUUUGAGGUUUGGGCUUUUCAUAUCCAUAUUGGAAAUGUAAUUAUUAUAAUUCCUUACGAUGGA